ACGCAUCACGUAGCUAUAAAAAUACUCUUCGUUCAAUUAUCCUUUUUCCAUUGUUAUUUAUUUUCUAGAUGUUAUCAUUAGUUAAAAAAUCUCUUGAUUAUCGUGAAUAUUUAUUUGAUACAGAAUCCGAUUCAUCAUUAACAUUACCAAAAUGGUUAGCAGAAUUAGUACCUCUUACAGAUUUACCACAUCCUUUUCCUGUCACUGUACAAAUUGAAGAUCAUAUCGUUGAAGAUGAAUUUGAUUUAUCUUCUUUUAAAUUAAUGGAUACAAUUCCCGUAUUAUCCGAUGAUUUUCCUCGUGAGCUUUUUCUAAAAAAGAGGAAUUAA